UGACGCAACAAUAUUAUGGCUUUAUCGACUGUUUGAUAUUUUGAAUUGGAAAAAAAAAUACAAUAUUUCUUUAUCGUACGAGAAAGAGAAAGUUAGCGAAACAGACAAUAUAACGUGGCAUUACGUUUCUCAACUUAAUUUUAAAUAAACUUUAAAGUUGGAGUUUGUGCAGGCUAUAGUAUAUAUAGUAGUAAACUUAUGCGUUGUUGUUAGAAUUGACUGAGAUUAAGAGUAAGACAUAGCUAGGGUUUUAAUUGAAUUUGGACUUGGAUUAUUUUGCGAUAUAUUUUGAAUUUGAGUUUUUACGUUUCUUCAUAUGUAUAAAAACUCUAAGUUUUAAACUAGAUAAUGUCCAAACGUCCACUGUGUCAUCUAUCUACCCUUGGUUUGGUGGUAGGCCUGAUAUUUUUUGUGACUACGGGCUGCUGUCUGAUUACUUUUCCAAAUUACAAUAGACUCACUUUGAAGUUGAAUGCCGUGCCUGAUGCUCGAGGAUUAUCAUCAAAUUGGCUUCCUUACUUCAACUCAGGAGGAAAACAAGAUUAUUCUAUAUUUUAUGAUAAUAAAAGUGGAGCUACAAACCCAAGACGUAACCUACCAACAGGAUUUGGCAAACGAACAAAUUUGGUAGAACUUGCCAAAAAACUAAACUUAACAGUACUGGUGGAUCUUCUUGAAAAAACAAAGUUAGACAACACUUUAGACCAUGAAGGACCUUUCACACUGUUUGCUCCAACUAAUGAGGCAUUUGCAAACCGACCAAGCUACUGUGACAAUGUUCCACUUAAAGAUCUAUUGAAGUAUCAUGUCACACGUAAGGUUCAUUUGUCAAAGGAUUUGAAGAACAAUGAGCUUUUGUGGACUCUGUUGUCAUAUCGAGAGCUCCGAAUGAACAUAUAUAAAAAUGGAAAGGUACUUACAGCUUCUGGAAGACAUAUCAUAAAACCAGACAACAUGGCUUCAAAUGGAGCUCUCCAUAUUCUCAAAGAUGUCAUUUGUUCUGUGUACAUUGGAAGUGCUGUACUAGAGAUUAACAGGUGUCCAGCUUACUCAAUCCUAAGUAAAGCUGUUAACGUGAGUGGCUUAUAUUCCAUCUUGGAUGAUUUUGGACCAUUCACAGUCUUUGCCCCUACCGAUGAAGCCUUUAAUAAGCUGCCUCCUGAAACUUUAAACUUUCUCUUGAAAAAUGCCACAGCACUUAGAGAUGUCUUGCUGUAUCAUGUUGUUCCUGAGGUUUGGUAUAUAGCUGGACUAGAAGAUGGGCAACUACUAAAAACUUCUCAGGGAACUAAACUUAAAGUUACUGAAUCAGCUCAAGGAGUCAAGGUCAAUGAUGCCAUGAUUGGUUUGCCUGAUGCAGCAGUAAGUAAUGGAGUUGUACACUCUAUCAAUAGUGUGCUUUUGCCUCCAUCCUACUCUCAAGAGCAGGUUGUGUUUAACAAAAUUCGGCCCAAGGUAAACAUCUCGGUAUAAUCUACUCAACUACAUCAGAAACUUUAUGUAAAAAUUUGUGUUUUAAUUUGUGCAAUAUAUUCAUUAUUUGCAGUUUUGAAUGCUUAACAUAACUUUGCCAAUGUUUGAUACUUAGUAUUUUCUUUAGCAGUUGAAGUGAACCAUGUUGACAUAUCUAUAGGUAUUUCAAAGACAGCAUAUGGUUUUAGUGCUAUAAAUAUCAAAUAUUAAAAGUUGAAUUACUAAACAUAAACUUGACAUUCAUCUAACAUUUGUUUUAUCUUCCUUUAUUAAAGGAUUUUGCAAAGUAAAUCCACCAAAAUACUUUACUUAUAUUUAAAUGCUUUCAAAAGUUUUUAUUUACAAUUCCCAUUUGAUGACAGGUGCAGUAGAUUAAUAUGUCAUAAGUAUCAGAUCUUCUCUCUAAAUAAUAAUUUUUAUGGUAAAAUACAAUUUAAAAUUUCAGUAUGCUUUUACAUUUUUUGUCUUCAGCAUUCACAAGUUUUCAUGAAGCUCUUACAAUUUAUAUUUUUUUAUUUCUAAAUGUGUGUCUACAAAAACAACUUUUUUGGGAAGAUGUCCUGGUUUUUGUGGUACAUUCGUUUCCUAUAUCUGUCAUCAAAAGGGAGUUACAAAUAAAAUGUUUGAAAAAAUAUACAUGGGGUAAGAAUUUUGUGGUAAUUAAUAUUUUUUGAAUACAUUAUAUCCAGUAAUACAAUAUCCUCACAAUUCUAUAAAUGAAAGUUAGGAAAAAAUCCAUUUUGCUACGUGACAUGUGUUUAACUUAAAUUUGUCUUCAUCUACUGAAAACUAACAUGUCUUUUACUAUUUGGUAUAAUGUGUAUUUAUGUAGAAAAUUUAGCCCCACAUUAUAUAAUACAUGAAAAAUAGUUAAAUUAAGUUCAACCAAAUUGUUCACUAGGGAGAGAAAAAACUUGUGAAAAAUAUACUUGCCUUUUUUUUUAUUAUGUAAACAAGCUUUGAAUGUAUAGUCUACAGCCUUUUUCAGGAUCUCUUGAAUGUAAAUGACUGUUAGUGUAAAGAAUGUGAAGCAUUUAUAAGAUUGAUGUUAUUUAACACUGAUAAUAAAUUAAACAGGACCUCAAAAUAGGCAUUUAUAUUCAAAAUUUCUAUUCAAUUGAGGCUGAAGAACAUUUCAGCAUACAGCUGAAAGUUUACAUAGAUAGUAAUGAUAAAAUUAUAAAGAGUGCAAGAAUAAGAUUUUUAUUUCUCCACAUUUUCUUGUGUCAUGUAAGGUUUUCAAUUUUGAACAGUGUUUACAAUAUUAGAAUAUGUUCUUAUUGAAAUUAUAGAGAUAGUAAUAGCUUACAUCUGAAAAAAAAAGAAGGUUCACUAUUGUUUAAAAACUUACACUGGCUUUUACAAAAAAAUCUCUGAAUAUAACCAAAAAGAAAGUACACAUCAAACUGACCGUCAAAAUCUAAAAGAUAUUUUCAAACCUUUUGUUUAGUCUUAAGCUUUAGUUAUUUCAUAUAAGUCUUUAAUUCACAAUUCUGCUUUAUCAUGUAAUAUUUUGAGAAACUCACAAUAUUCAGUAUCAAAACUAAAGUCUGAACAUGUACUGUAGAUAUGUCAGAAUGAUUUUAAGUGAAAAGGUUCUUUAUGCUUUAGUUAAACAGUCACGUGGAGCUUAUUACCACUAGCUUCCUGUCCCAAAGUUCAUUUAUUUACUGUAGUUACUAUAUGUAAAAAAUGAUUGAUUUCCAUAUGGAAGAUUAUAAAGUAUUUUGAUGAUGCUUGUUAAACUGAUUGUGUUGGCACUGUAUGCCUUACUUUAACCAGCUAUAAAUCUAGUGUCACUCUUGAUCAAUACGACACUCCAAUAGCUUUUCAUAUUGUACUCAAUACAAGAGUUGGUUUGUCAAAAUUAAGAAUAAUGUACACAACUAGUUAUUAGGUGAAUUGGACAUGAGAAAUGUUAUUGUAAGUGCUGUAUAAAUAGUUAUGGAGUGUAUUCGGAGUCAUAUGGUGAAAUACUGUAUUAGUUAUUUCAUUUAAACUAUAUGUUGAAAAUCCCUACUAUUAAAAUAGGGUAAGUUUUUUUUUAUAUGGGCAUUUUUAGUUCUUUUUCUUCCUUUUUUUAUAUUCUAUUACGUUUUGUACAUUAUAAAACCUAAUUUUCUUAGUGUUUUUGUUUUUAGUCCAAUAUGUUAACUGGCAACUAAAUGCUCCUGAAUCUCACUGUAUUAUAGACAUAUUGUGGCCCCCCAGUGGCUUAACAGUAAGCUUGAAGGACACAAUACAGAUAACCUAUUAUGUAGCUUUGCUAUUAAGAAGUAAACCCAAGAUAUGUAAUAUGAAGAUAUAAAAAUGGUUACAAUACAAAAUUUUAUGGAAUAGAUCAAGGCUGCAGUUUGUUUGGACUAUAUUAAUAGUUUUCAUUAUUACAGUAUUAUAUUUUUUAUAAUUUUUUAAUAAAUUGUUAUCUUCAGCAUUUGAAUAAUUUUCAUUUAAUUUGUAAAAAAUCUUGAUUUGUAGUUCUUUAUAUUGGAAAAUUUAAUUUCUUUACUAAAUGCCAGAUGUAAUGAGAAAGAUGUUUAAAAAUAUUACUUGAUAGUUUUAAGUUAACCUCAGGUUAUUUUUAUCUUUUCUACUCCAGAAAAUCUAGAAAACAUCUUAGUUAAGGCUCAUGGAGAUAUGUAAGCUAUAAAUCUACAUUUUUGUUUAGAAGACAUAAUACUUAAUAACCAAUCAACUCAGUUAAAUCCUAUGUAAACAUUUUUUCAUUAGUUUAAACAGAGUUUGUGUCAUUCUUUUAGUGAUACAGAAGUGAAAAUUCAGGUUUCUAGAGUUGAAGGAUUUUUAGUAACAUCUUCUAUAAUAUAUUUAUCCACUUAGUUAGCUAAUUAAUUACUAAAAAUGUUUCUUUUAAGCCAGUUUUUCUGUCUUAUCUGGAGCAUGUGAAGUUUUAAAGGUUGUUUUGUAUUACAGCAAAGUAAUAAACUAAUUUUUCAGAUAC